AUGGAUCCUAAUACAAAACUUUGGGGAGAAGGAGGUGUUCUUGUUGACACCAAAAGAUACCAAAGAUUGGUUGGUAAGUUAAUUUACUUGUCUUACACUAGACCUGACAUCACCUUCUCAGUCAUUAUUGUGAGUCAAUUUAUGCACUCUCCUUAUGAGGAAUAUCUUGAGGCAGUCUAUUUUUUAAGAAGACUUGUAAAAGAAAUGUCUAUCUUUAUGGAUGCAGACUGGGAAAGUUCAGUUAGAACAGAAUAUCGACCUCUAGAUAUUGUACCUAAUCUUGUGACAUGGAGAAGCAAAAAACAAGGAGAUGAAGCAAAAAGUAGUGCAGAAGCCAAGUUUAGGGCAAUGGCUCAAGGAAUUUGUGAAGGACUAUUACAGAGCCCUUGA